ACUGCAUUGCUCGCUGUCGAAGGAAGCUCACGAGUCACAUUGUACCGGCAUGCACGCAUUCGUUGGCUCCGCGUAGAUGAUAUAGGUCAUAGCGUGCAGGCUGGCAAGUAUAAAUCUGUUAAGCCGCUGUCAGGCUAGGCUCUGAAUGACGGAGACUUGAGGAGAUUUUCGAUUUCAAUUGACAGUGAAUGCAUUAUUUGUAUUACGCCCCUGCUGUGAGCUGCUCGUUUGCAAGAUGAGUGCCUCACGUCUUGCCUUCGUACGCAAGGUCUGGCAGAGCUUCAUUGACGCCAAAGGCUUAGAGACGACAAUCUUGUCGGGGGCGACGAUAAAGUCUGCCGAUGCCGGCACGAUAACGGCAGGCUUCAAGGUACAGAGACAUCAGCUCAAUCGAAUGGGUGGUCUUCAUGGUGGCGUCCUGGCUGCGUGUGUCGAUACAUUCGGAAGCAUGGCGCUGAGCUCGAAAGGACUCUACUCGACCGGUGUCUCGACGGACCUGUCAGUCUCCUAUCUGCGCGGAAGCAAGGAGGGCGACGACAUCUCGGUCGUGGCACGUGUCGACGCCCAAGGGCGCAACCUAGGAUACACAUCUGUCGACAUCUUCAACAGCCAGACGGGCAAAUUGCUCGCCCAGGGUCGACACACAAAGUUUAUCGCGCCUGCUUUGACAGACGAGCGCAAUGUCGACCUCGGUCAGUGAUUAUAUGCGCAUCAGAAGAUGCGCCGGCGCGAGUCGUGCCAGACUUGGAAAGGAUAGCG